AUGGCUAAUUGCAGUCACAAUUUUGUUUUCGUGCUUCCUCUUAUCAUUAUAAUCUCUCUGUUUAAUAGCACUGCAGGAGAACAAUCGAACGACCGAGUGGAUUCAGUCUGCAAUCAAACCCCAAAUCCUAAGUUCUGCAUCGAUGCCAUAUACACGGAUCCUAGUGCUUCAGAGGCUAAUAUAGUUGCGCUCGCUUAUAUCUGUUUUCGCUUAGCAAGCAGCAACGCUACAAACACCCUGUCCUUCAUUACUGAUCAUCAUGAUCAAACCAAUAGGUCUCAAGGUGUAACACAAGAGGACGGUCUGAAACAAUGUAGCCUUGAUUACGAAAAGGCAGAGAAUGCACUUGACGCAGCCCUCGCCGACUUGGACUCGGAUACUUUUGAGCUUGGAGAGUACGCGGCUGUUUCUGCUCAGUCCGCAGUCCAUUGCGAGCAUAUCCUGAAUGCAACUAUGAUGAUAUCUUCAUCAUUACAUUCAGAAUUGACUAGGCGGAAUACAGACUUGAAACUACUGGCUGGAAUUUGUUCUGUCAUCUCAUCAAUGCUUGUUAUCACUGCAGGAGAACAAUCGAACGAGAGAGUGGAUUCCAUCUGCAAUCAAACCUCAAAUCCUAAGUUCUGUGUCGAUGCCAUAUACACAGAUCCUCGUGCUCCAGACGCUAAUAUGGUUGCGCUCGCUUAUAUCUCCUUUGGCUUAGCAUUCACCAACGCUACGAACACACUAUCCUUCAUUAAAGAACUUCAAUAUCAACGAUUCAAUGGGCCUCAGGGUAUCUUUGGUCUGAAACAAUGUAGCCUUGCUUACAAAAAGGCAAAGAACGCACUUGAUACAGCCCUUAUCGACUUGGAUUCAGAUACUUAUGAGCUUGAACAGUACGCGGCUGUUGCUGCUCAGUCCGCAGACCGUUGCGAGCAUAGCUUGAAUUCAACUAGGAUGAUGAAACAGAUUUCAGUACGUUCACGAUUGAUCAGGAGGAAUACAGAUUUGAAACUAUUGGCUGGAAUUUGUUCUGUCAUCUCAUCAAAGCUCGUUCGAUAA